AUGACAAGCUCGAGCAGUCUCCAGACCCUGAGCGUUAACAACGCGAGGCUUACGUUUGGUGACCAGGGUUUGGCGCGCAAUCACGGCCUUAGCCCAGAAAUGAAAGUGGGCGUUGGUGUUGGCAUAUGUGUCGUUGUUGGGCUCAUCGCAUUCGGUGUCCUUCUUCUUCUCGGACGAAAGCGCAAGACGCGCCCGCAUGAAGCCACACAUAAUGACACUUUACUGUCCGAAUCACACAGUCUAGGCUCUACCUUCCAUACCCACCGCAAGCCGUUCUCAUCAGUACAGUCUUCAGAUAUGUCUACGGAGUCAUCAAGUGGUGACGAGGAUUAUCAUGCGGUGAGUAUGAGCGAGGUUCCGAACAACGCAAACAAUGGCGUCAAUCAACUUCAGGAGCAUCGCCGACAGCUCUUUGACGGCGCCUCUCUCUGGACAUGGGAGAUGCUGUCCUUGUUUGUGAGCGCUCUGAGCCUGGCUUCCAUCAUCAUCAUUCUCAAUGUGUAUGAAGAUCGACAACUGGAUGAAUGGACGCCAAAGAUUUCGAUCAACGCCGUCGUAUCUGUUUUGUCGGCCGUCUUUAAAGGCUCACUUGCAAUGCCAGGGACUGAAGGAAUAAGCCAAUUAAAGUGGCUCAUAUUCACGCAACAGCCACAGACUUUGUCUGCACUGGACGUGUACGACAGGGCAAGCCGAAGUAUUUGGGGCUCGGCGAUGAUGAUAUUUGGACAGUUCAAGUCUGAAUCGAGAGCCUACCUGGCCAGCUUCGGAGCAGCGCUCGCUUUAAUUGCUUUAGCUACAGAUCCUUUUGCGCAAGCUACAAUGUCGUUCUAUAGCUGUGCGCGAAACGGAACAGAGAUUGCAAGUAUUCCUCGAGCAAACACUUAUAAUGUGAUCAAUGAUAAGUACAACCCCACUAUAUUUAAAGCUCCCUUCAACAAGGUGAUGCAGUUGGCUCCGUACCGCGGUCUCAUUGAUCCACAAGCGGGCAGUUCUGCUAGUGUCUCGAUCUCAUGCGCUACUGGCAAUUGCACAUUUCCAGACGAUGGCGGCGCGACAUUUAAUAGUCUGGCAAUGUGCUCUCAGGCAUGGGACAUUACUGACCGAAUUGGAGCUGAAAAAUCUCCUUCUUCUUAUGGAUACGAGUAUUCUUUGGGCCCUGACAUAGCUACUACCGGUGACGGCUUGAACAUGAGCUUUGUCGCGGGGCCUCAUACAUCAUUCAAGGACUCGGCCGAAAGUCUGGAACCGCACUAG